GUGUGAUGGAUGAGUUGUCAAAGUUCAUCCUCGAGCAGAAAAACUUGAUAUAUGAAGAAAAGAAGAAAUUGAACCUGAUACCAAUUGCCAGCCCACGUAACGCCAUCUCCAGUGAUGAUGCCAAAUCAGAUCGUAAGAUGGUUCGCUACGGAGAAUAUUCACCCCUGAACCCAACUUGCAGAACAUCUAGCAAGCUACUUCUGGGGAUUGGGGAGUAUGAUGAAAGGAAGCGCUUAUUAGAAGAAAAAAAGAAGCAGGAACAUAAACAGAUCCGCCCAGCUAGAAAAGAAUGCUCCCAACCAUCCAGUAUGCAAAAUUAUAUUGCGCCUGCAGCCCCAAAAUUCUCUUCCUCUGUUGCUGAUAAAUCUGUCCAAGUUGAAUGUGAUGCUGCCAAUGAUCAGAAUAAACUUCGACGUACAUAUGUUGAUCAGUGUGUGCAGGUGACUGAACCACCAGCAGUGGAUAUUCGUGAAGAUCUAUUGAAGGAUGACUAUGGAAUUCCAUACAAAAGCAAUCAAAAAAGAAAAUAUAUCGGUGGACUUCACGAUUUAGAAGUUGCUGCAGAUGAAAAGCUGAGCCUCAAUAUUGAAGACAGUACUCUUAAGAAUUCCAUUGAUUUUAGUAUGCUGAGCCCUAGAGAUAGGAGACUGAUGGAAUUUUGUGGCAGUGGCAGUUAUAACCCAAGCUUUUAUGAGAAGUGGAAAUCUCCUACUACAAGAACUGUUGCUGAAAAGGAUGCUGGUUUAGCUGCAGAGCACAUAGAUGGCCAUAUGGCUACAGAACAACUAAGAAAGCGAACAUAUCAAGAGGAAUUAAGGAAACAAAUUGAAGAAAAGCGACAACUGGAAGCACAGCAAAGGGAAAAAGAAAGAAGAGAGGAGGAAAUUAUUCUGAAAAGAGUUGAAGAGCAGCAACUUAGAAUGAAAUUAGAAUUUGAAAGAGAGCAAGCUCAACGCAGACACAAAGUAGAGAAGCGAAUGCAUCAGUUUGAGUCGUGUAAGUCCAGAAAUGAACAAGACAACUGUACACUGAAAAGUAGCAGAUCAAAUAAUGAGAACCAUACUAAAUAUGAAAGCUCUUUGCCCACAAAAAUAGAAAAAAUUAAACAUUUGCCUCAGGGAGUGACAGACAAUGCAAAUUUUUCAAAUGAAUGUGACAGUGCUUUUAACAUCAUCGUAGAUAAUAAUAAUGGCAACUAUUUAUCAGUUCUUGAAGUGUGUCAAGCACAAGAUAUUUCAAAUAACACUGGAGAUGGAUCGAAGUAUAAACAAAAUGAAAGACCUUGUUGGACUGAAAGAAACUGUGCUCCUGGUGCUACAGUCAGUGACAUAACACAUGUACCUGACAAUUUAGGCUGUAUCAAACAAAACUCAUCUCAGGAAACAAGUACGGGCCCAUCAGAAACUAGUGUGGAGGAUUCUUGCCAAUUUUCAUUAGCAAAAUUGUCUUUGAAUCCGGAGAUUUCCUCACAUAUAAGAAAGGAUACAGAGACUCCACAAAGGAAACGUCCGGUGCCAACUCCAAGAACUAAAUCACUCAGUGACAGUUCCAGAACUGUCAGUAAUUCUGCACCCAAGUUACCUAGUGACCAUAGCCAGAUCCACUCUACAGCAGUUACGGCUGAUAAAGAAAAUCUUAAUGAUUCACUACCAAUUCCAAUACUAGAAGAGGCAAAUAGUUUUGGUUAUGACAGCAGUGAAACUCCAGGUACUGAUAAGGUGAAGAGUGGAGCACUGUUGAGAACUGAAGCCAAAUGGAAGAUUCCUGCUGUUCAGAAGAACAUAAUACAGGCAGGAGACAGUUCUAGAGACAAAUACCAUGGCCGCAUUCUAACCCAACUAGGCGCUUUCAGGAAGCAGUUGCAGUUAGACCAACUGAGAAUGGAAGAAAAGGUCAAGAUUGUGAGAACACAGUCUGAUGCUUAAAAGCAAAAUAAAUUUUUGUUUGUUAUGGAAUGCUUUAUUUAUCUUGCACAAAAAAAGUUUAAGACCAAAGAAAAAUCCUUUAGU